ACUUCUGCUCCUCUUUUCUCUUAUUCUCUCCGUCUUAUUUUGCUAAAUUCAAUUUAUUUUAUAAUAAAGCUCUAUAUAUGGGGUGUUUAUAAGUAGACGUGAAACAAUUUAUACCAAUGCAUGUCUAUAACACAGAGAAUUAUAAGUCAAUUGCGUUAGCCAAAGCACUUGAAUCAAAUUGCGGUAGAAGAAAGAAGACAGAAGAUGAUGGAGGAAAUAAAGAAAAAAUUGAAAGGAUCAAAUGUAUUGAUAGGAAUGUUAACAGUUCAAGUGAUAGCAACUGGUUUACAACUUCUUUCAAAAGUGAUAUUAAGUCACGGAACCUUUGUUUUUGCCCUAAUGACUUAUCGUCAUGUCGUUGCAACUCUAUGCAUAGCCCCUUGUGCUUUAAUUUGGGAAAGGGAGAGUUUGAUGAAGAAAAUGACGUGGUCAGUUUUUUUUUAUCUGUUCAUGAUUGCAUUAACCGGGAUCAUUAUGGCUAUGGGACUUUUCUAUUAUGGCCUCAAAGAGACAAGUGCUACAUAUGCUACUAACUUCCUCAAUCUAAUUCCAAUUGUGACCUUUAUCUUCUCAACUGUGUUACGUGUGGAAAAGCUACGAUUGAAGACGAGAGUUGGUAAAGUUAAACUUUUAGGUGCAAUGUUGUGCUUGGCUGGAGCAUUGACGAUUACUCUUUACAAAGGGAAAGUUUUCUAUAUCAGUCAUAACCACAAACAUCAAAUAAGUUCCAAGGUUCAUGAGAAUAUGCUUCGUGGGACUAUAUUUUUGAUGUGUAGCUGUAUGUCUUACGGUUGUUGGUUCCUUAUACAGGCCAAGGUGUCCAAAGUGUUCCCGUACAGAUAUUCUGCAACCUUUAUUAUAAGCGUGAUUGCAACUAUCCAAAGCGCGAUUAUUGGAGUAUCCAUUGAUAGAAGAAAGGCCUCUUGGAAGCUUGGACUCAAUUUGCAGCUAAUUACUAUCUUUUACUCGGGCACAUUAGCAACGGCAGCAACAUUCUGUCUCAUAUCAUGGGCAGUUGCAAAAAGAGGACCAACUUAUCCCUCUAUGUUCAAUCCUCUGUCUUUAAUUUUUGUAGCUAUCGCGGAAUCUGUCUUCCUUGGUCAAGAAAUCAGUAGCGGAAGCUUGCUUGGCAUGUUUCUGAUCAUAGUUGGAUUGUAUUCGUUCCUGCGGGCAAAAAGCAAAGAGUUCACACAAAUUGGAUCACCAAAUGCAGGGGAUGCUGAAGCACCAUUACCUGAAAUUGAAGUAAUUACGCCUACUACGAAUAUGGAAUUGCCAAUUUUAGUACGCGAAAGUGCUAGAUUUCAAUCAACACGGUAGAAGUUGCUACUCCUACUCAAAAACAAGAAGACAAAGACGAAGAAAAACAACGCAUAUGAUAUGAUCACCAAAUGCAGGGGCAAAGGGUACCAAUUUUGUGAAUCAACAAAACCAUAGUAUUAGCAGAAUAGAAAGCUCUAAAAAACAUUAAACAAUUUGGUGAUGCUAUAAUUUCAUUUCAAAAUAGGAGUGUGCUGUUCAGAUUCCAGAGGGACCAGUUUUGUCCCUUGAAAUAUUUGAAGAGCCACUAACUCUCAGGUGUUUUGUAUUGAAACACUAAAUUAAAGAAGAAAAAACAUUCAAUCUCAA